AUGGCGCAGGUCCCCGGCUAUAGCACCCGUCUGGCGGGCCUGUUCCCUCGGAUGUCUGAGUUUCACAGCGGGUUUAACAUUGAAGAUUGUGAAUUAGAUAUGGAGGCUGUGGAUGAUGUUGAGGAUGAGGACUCUGAGGAGCAGCCGGAGCAGCCAGAGCAGCCAGAGCCUCAUCAAUGCAGGUCAUCCUUCAAGGAUGGCCUGAAAUGGCUUUUUAGUUCACCCAAAUAUAACAUGUUAAUUCUGGCAUUGGUAUUGAUCGAUGUCGGAUUAGUAAUAGGGGAACUGAUUUUGGAGAAGAGACACCAUAACAUCAAACAGAUCUUUCACUAUUUUAGCAUGACAAUUAUGUCAUUGUUCAUAGUUGAACUGGCGUUUAAACUAUUGGCAUUCCAGCUGGUCCUUUUCUCGAAAUGGUAUGAACUAUUGGAUAUGGUUGUGGUGGGUUUAACGUUUGCGCUGGAUAUAAUACAUUUAACGAAAGAACCAACGCAUGAAGCUCAGCUGCUAAUAUUAUUCCGGCUAUGGAAUGUGGCAAGGAUUGUCAAUGGUAAAUAG